AUGUUCCGCAAACUCUCUGAUCUGUUUGGCUACUCCCGACAAAGUGGCGCGCUCCACAAUCCCCGUGAGGGUGGCCAGAACCAGCAAUUCGUCAUUGUUUUGCCACCUCAAUCGCCAUCUUCGAGCCAACGCGAGCGCAAGCAAGCACGUCAAAAGUAUCAAGUACACGAACGCAGGGUUGUGCUGCCCCCAAUCAAGCUGCCGCUUACUCCUGGAUGGAAGUUGAACGGGAGCGAUGACGGAUGGGAUUCUGAGGAGGAAGUUACUUCGUACUCGGACGAGGACUACCCACGGAAGGACACACCGUAUUUGCCUCCCGAUGCCGCGGAUCACUUUCUACGAGUUCCAACACCAGUCCUUUCGGCACACAUCUCUGUCCUGGACGGAUUCGCCCCGCGGGUGACCCCCAACAUUAAGGCAAGACAAACGACACUCACCGGCACUCAACAGCCCCAACGAACCAGAGCAAACAGCAAACAGGGCUGGCGGCAAAUGAGCAAGAUGCACUACUCGGAAGGAACGACUCACCGUGACGGCCAGCCGGCUAUAAUUCAGCAAGGAGGCACUACUGCGACGUCUCCUGAAUCAAAUCCGGCCGCGCCGGCCUUUCUGCAUCGCCAAACGUGCCUGCAGCCGCCGAAACUCGCACUCUCGCCGACUACUGCUGCUCCACACGCCAACACUACAUUCCUACAUCGUUUACUGCUACUCUCCUGCCAGAAACCGCGCGCCAACAACGUUCUAGGCGAAAACUCGGCGCGCAGGCCCGGUCUCGCCCACUACCCGCCAAACGGCGGUCUUGACGCCAACUCCCACCGCUCUCACUGCCAAACUCGCUAUAGAACGGCUUCAUUAGCAAGAACACCGGGCGGGACUACCCAGCAAGCCGCUCCUGCUUCAUUCUCGCUUGUUGCGCCAGCAGCAUCACAGCCUCGACCCAAAACUCGCCGAAGCUGCUCGUCCAACCAUUCGCCCGCCAGAAACCGCUCGCGGACGACCACGAAGUCGAAUCUGGGCGCGCAAGUCCGACUACUCGCUAAAUGGGGCCGGUUUGGCGCCUAUUCCUGCCGCCCUCGCUGCCCAACUCGCUUCAGAACGGCUCGAUUAGCAAGAGACGCGGGCGGGAGAGCCCAGCAAGUCACUCCCGCUCCCUCCUCGCUUCUGGCCCCAGCCCCGAACCGAAUCAAGAGCAAGAACACCAACGAGCACGUUGGGAAAGACAGCGCCCGGGCAACGCGGCAUUCUCACGCUAGGAGCGGCGAGCCCGACGCUGAGCUCGCAACAACGCCUCCUCCGCACCACCCGACGCGCCUUCUGUACCCCAGUCCAACUCGGCACAAACUCCGCCAUCCAACGCGCUAUAGAGGGGCUUGA